GCCAUUCAAUUGAAAAUGGUAAAUCACUAGAUCAUAAUGUCUAUGAUUAUGGCACACAGAUUUUUCAUCAAUAUUUCUUCAGCAACGAGCUCUCAGAGCUCUGGUCCCAGAGCUUUUGGUGGCAAACGGGUGAACAGAACUACAGAAAAAGCAAUCACUUUUUUAGUAGAUGGCGUCUGCGGCUGUACGGUUAUCGAUCCGCCACAAUCGAUUGGUCACUCCACUAUCAUUUUCUCCCACCACUAACCAUACCAUUGUUUAUCAACACAAGUUUGAAAUUCGAUAACAGGGAACCCGGUAAAAAUAAAUCAAUACGAUAUUACAAUGAUGAAAUUCUGGGUGUCCGUCGUAAGUCGUUGACGUUUACCGACGAUAAAUAUGUCUGAUUGACUGGCUGCUGGCCGUGGACUGAGUAUGUCUUGACCACCAUCCGUCACUAUGUUGCCCGAAGUGGACGGUAUUGAACAGUUGUACAGGCGAUUUUUCCAGGAAGCCCAAGAACUACCAAAGAAACAACAUGCAAAAAAAAAUUGUCAGAAAGCUCAAAAAGGAUCAAAGCUGUAUAAGGAUGGAGGGUGGACCAUGUACGUAUCAGGAAAUGCCUCUUCCUUUGCAGUAUUAUCGGCCGCUCGAUAUGCUGUGUUUGAUAGACAUGCUAAAAAAUCUGACGAAGCAUACUGGAACUCAUCAUCUGCUCCAAUAUGUCUCAAAACUCUCAACCGAGUGCUACAAUCUUCAAACAAUGUUCAGGCUAUUCCGUGUUCAGAAAUUAUCAUCCCUAAGGUAGUAGGCAUAGGCUUACGUAGUGUAUUUGAACUGAUUAAAGAAAGUAGAGUACCCUCGCCAGACAUAUGUACUAAAGCUUUAAUGGCCUUGUUAGAUAUCAUUCAGUAUCAAUCUCCAGAAGCAUUAAAAGAUGAACCAUCAGAAGUUAUAGAUCCAUUAUAUGAGCUUUUAUUGGAUAUGGCUACUGGAAACUAUGAUAAUGGAACUUAUGAUUUCAAAGCUGUUUCAUGUUCUUGUCUUAUAAGUUUAGUAAUAGUUAGAGGAGAUACUGGUAAAAUAUUAAACACUCUGACAACAUUAAUCAUGUGCCCAAAUAAUGCAUCCCCUAGAAAAAUAAUUUUACCAAAAGUUUUAACCAGUUUGCAAAAAUGUGUCCGUGUUCUUACACAUGGAGAUUAUGAAACUCCUGAUUGGAUGUCCAAUGGAGUUCCAAAAUCAUCUGAAAUAAUAACAUUACAUUUGAACUUUUUACGCAAUGUCAAAGGAAUGGCAUGUGAUGGAGAUUAUUUGUAUACUUAUUCAGAAUACGGAUUUCAUAAAAUUGGUACUGGUUUUGGGGGUACAGUUAGUGGACAUCCAUAUGUCAGUGUAGCUCGUACAUCAAGUCUUAAUUUACAUUCUAGUGAUGUUUGUCUUGGAUUUUAUCAAAAAAUGUUAUACUUAAGGGUUUAUUACUCAAAUCAGACUAGCAAUCAAGAAAUUGAGUUUUUAGAUAGAGAUACAUUUAAAAAAUUAGGACGAGUUCAGCUAGAUUCUUCAGUAACAUUAGAUACAUCUUGUAAACCUGUAUUUAAUGAUAAAGAUAGAUUAUGUUUCCUUGAUCAAUCUGCUAACAAUUAUGUGAUUAAGAGUAUUGAUCCUAGUACUGGGAAACUUGUUAAUGAAGUUCCUCUUGUAUUAAGCCGUCGUAAUGUACGAAUAUAUGGUGUUUCUGAACUAUGGGAUUCUAUUACAGCUGAAAGUGCUAUUAAUAGUGCUACUGACGAAGAAGUAUCUUCUGUUGCCGCAUUAAAGGAUUGUUUUAUUAUAUCAGUGAAGUCUGGAAAAGCAUUGCAAUGGUCAAAAUCUAAUGGACAAAGUACUAUGAAUUGUUAUCGUUCUAUAUGGUCAGAGUUAAGUUUACCUAAUCCAUGUAAAAUCAUCAAAGUGGCAGCUGGCCAUGAUGGCUUACACUGUGUGUUGCUUUGCGAUACAGGAUCAGCUUAUUUCUUAGGAGUAUCAAGACGCGGUGAAGAUUGUGAUAAUGGAAGAUACAGAAAGCAACCAAGAGUACUGAAGCCAAAAAGGAUAACUAAAAUAGAUGGACAGUUUAUCGUGGAUGUAGCUUGUAAUAAUGGUACAACAGCAUUAGUGACUAAAGAUGGUCUUUUGUAUAUGUUUGGAAAAGAUGAUACUUAUUGUGAUAUUCAUACUGGUCUUGUGAAAGAUUUAAAAAAUGCUAAAAUUGUUCAGAUAGCUUUAGGAAAAGCACAUGCGAUUGCUUUGAGUGCUAAAGGGCACAUUUAUAGUUUUGGAAUUAAUAACAAAGGUCAAUGUGGACGUGAUAUAUGUGCCCCCCAAACAAAUAAAAACAAUUAUCCCGAAAUAACCAAUAAUGAAUCAUCAAACCAAAUUAGUUCUGUUGUUGAACAGAGUAUAUUUGAGAAUGACUCUGAUGAUAAUAAACCUCGUGAAGAUACUUGUAAGCCAGGACAACAUAACUGGAAACAUGAAGUUUGCAUGGUUUGUACUGUAUGUGGUGAAUGUACAGGAUAUAGCUAUAGUUGUCUUAGUAGUAUACGAUCCAAUCGGAAAUCCGGCCAGGAAUGCGGUUGUGGUGAAGGAGAUGCUGGAUGCACUAUAUGUGGAUGCUGUCGUAUAUGUGCGCGAGAAGUUGAAGAUAAUUCAGAAUUAGCUUUGCUUGGACCAAAUGGUGCUGGUGAUGUAGCAGGAAUGAUGCGACUUGAUGUCAUUUUUGGAAUUGGAGAUAAAGCAAAAACACCCCAAGAAGCAAGGCUUGAAGAUCAUUUAAAAAAGCGAUUGAAUAAACGUGAACAACGACAAAAAUUUAAUUCAGUACAAGCAGAUUCUACUAGGGAAGCAGAUAUUGAUAGUGGGGUACAAACAGCUAAUAAUACAAACAUUCAUUUUCAAACUCAUAACAGCGUAAUAGCUCGAAGUUUUGCUGAUGAUGCAGUUAACAAUCCGGGGAGUGAUAUAGAAAGGGAUACUGCUAGAAUGACUAUUUUACCGCCUGCCCGAAUAUUUUUACCAACAGACUGCCCGGUUAUUCAAAUUAGUUGUGGUUUACAUCAUACAGUAUUAUUACUGAGCAAUGGGAAAGUGAUAACAUUUGGUAGUAAUUCCAAUGGCCAACUUGGAUGUAGCUUAUCGCUCAGUAGAAAAGGUCCAACUGUAUUAAAAAUACCUCGUUUAAAACAUCCUAUUAUUAGCGUGUCAGCUGGUAGCAAUCAUACUGCAUUGGUAUCAAAAGAUGGUAAACUCUAUACCUUUGGAAGUUAUUUGAAAAGUCAACUUGGUCGUGAUAGUGGAUGUAAUCAUGUACCAUUGAGUGUAGAAGACAUAAAUCCACCUCAUACCAGAAGAGCUAGAGUAGUUAUGUGUUGUGGUAAUCAAACAAUUGUAAAAGUUGACGAGGCUUUAAUAAAUAGUAAAAUUUUAUCUAUUGCUGCCAACAACGAUACAAUUCUGGUGAUGACUUCAAAUAAAUGCUUAGCUAUUAACAAACAAGACGGCACUUGUAAUAGUUAUUCAGGGAAUAAUCAGAUAAAAUUUGACGAAAAACAUACUGGAAUGUGGUGCUUUGAUUUGUUAUAUAAUAACUUAUGGCAUAUUAGUGAUAUUAGUGAAAAAGUUGUGGUUACAUGCUACAAUGUGAAUAGUGGUUGUAGGAGACAUAAUGAUACAGGUUCCUUGUUGAAUUAUGAAUUAGCAUUGCCACCCACUGCUGGGAUUUCAGUAUCUCGAAUUCAAGCUUUAGUUAAUUUACUAACUUGUAUGGACAUUUUAGCCCAAAAUUCAUCAUUGUUUCCUAUUGGCAUAGCAUCGUCUCAUAGUAAUAUACCAGUUGCAUCAAACACGGUUGAGCCAAAAAAAGAAUUUUUACACAUCAACAGAUUUGCAAGUUUAGGUGGUGGUUGGGGGUAUUCUGGACACUCAGUUGAGGCUAUUCGGUUCUCAGUUGAUUGUAACAUUGCAUUAGUUGGUUUUGGUUUAUUUGGAGGAAGAGGAGAGUACACAGUUAAACUUAAGAUUUAUGACAUCGGUGUGGAAGGUGGUGAGCGAGAAACUGACGGUGAACUAUUAGCAGAAACUGAUGAACUUACUUAUGAAUGUGCUCCUAGACAAAAAAAUCCAGUCUUACUUGAUGACCCUAUUGCUCUUUUUGCAAAUCGAUGGUAUGUGGCAUGUGCUAGAAUAACUGGUCCAUCAAGUGAUUGUGGUUCUAGUGGAAUGUGUAGUGUUACGAGUGAUGAACAAAUUACAUUUACAUUUAAAUCAUCUCGGAGAUCAAAUAAUGGUACAGACAUAAAUGCUGGACAGAUUCCUGAAAUAUUAUAUAGAACUGUUAUUCCUGAUUCACUAUCAAUAUCAACUAUACAUACGUCAAAUAGUGAUAUUCAUAUAUUAAGUGAUGCUUUUUCACACUCAGUUAAUAAGGAAAGUUUUAAUGCUUUAAUUACGUUACUUCGAUGGUCAUGGACAACAAUCAAUAAAAAUAUAUCAGAUAUGUGUCUUCCGUAUUCGCAGAAAAACUUUUACAUGGAUUUAUCAAAAAAAGACACAUCAUCAAUUUGUGAACUCAAACGACUGAUGUUUAUAAGCAAAUCGUGUUUCCAUUUACUUCGUUCUUAUAUUCACGAAAUAUAUCCAGAUCAAGUUGACAAAAUUAAGCUACCCGAAACUGAAGCUCUGGCCAGUUGCGUCGUUGAAGUUCGACAACUUUUGCAAAAAAUAUUAUCAGAUAUUCGCCCACACGAAGUCUUAAAAAAUGUUGAUAGGAUAUUCAUUGACAAUAAAGGUAGUGAAGUAGUCAAAAUUAUGAAGUGUAUUAAAUGGUUAAAUCAAAUAUUGAAUGAAUGUCAUAUGACAUUUGUGUCAUGUUACCAUGCGUUUUACCCAACACCUCAUUUGAAACUAUACUCCUUAUGGGAACUAUUGAUGGACAAAAAAAAUACUGAUCAUAAGAAUAAGCUACUCACUGCGGUUGUGGCUGCAUUGUGUAACACUACAUAUAGACUUCGUGAACUUAUGCCAAUAUUGAAAUCAACAAAACUUAAUGAUAAAUCUGGAUCAUCAGAUCAGGAUCACCAAUAUUAUUAUCCAUUAUUGGUCAACGCUACUACAUCAGCGGCCCAUAACACUUUAAAAAGUGAACCAAAUUGGGAAAUAUUACUCACACAUCUUUUAGACAUAAUAGGAUUACCAGUGCGAAAUGUGAUACUGAAUAGCAAAAAACCCGAUAACGAUUUGAAAUCACUUUCUACUAAUUGCUCCCAUCUUGUCGCGAGGGUUGUAGCUGAACUAUCAUCACAAGCUACUUUAUCUGAAGAUGGAACAGAGAUAGUUAAUGAAAGAGAAAUUUUGCUGACUACGCCUUCUAGAUUUGCUAAAAUCAAUCAAACAAAAACAUGGAAUGCUGGUAAUGGUUCUCCAGAUGCUAUUUGCUUCUGGGUAGAUCGUGCUGGUAUUGCUAUUGCAGGUUGUGGUGUGUUUGCUGGGAUUGGAAAUUACGAGUAUGAACUUGAACUUCUGGCAGAGAAGAAACAGUUGGAAUUUGAUGAACCUCAUGGUAAUCGAUGGAAGAGUUUAAUAGUAACUAGAGGGUCUUUUGGGCCAGAUGAUAGUGCAAUGAACUACGUUGCUGAUCUAAAAUUUGAUCACCCAAUACGAAUUAAGGAAAGAGUUAAGUAUGCAAUCCGUCUAAGAAACUAUGGUGGCCGAACAAAUAACGGUGACAUGGGGUUAAGUUGUGUAAAAGGACACGACAAUACACUUUUUUCAUUUAAUACAUGCUCAUUAAGCUUAAAUGGAACCACCCAAUCUCGUGGUCAAAUACCCUAUAUACUUUACUAUAGUAACAGCCAUGAUAAGAAUUGCGAUUUUGAACGUAAAGUGUGUAAUAAACUCAAAGCUCGGGAGAGUACAUUAUCAUUGUUGAAAACAGUUGUGGAAAAGUCAAUGGAGUUGAUAAAUAUGAGCGUUGAAAAAUUAAAAAAAGAUCCACUUGUGUAUAAAUAUUUAGGGGAAUCGGCUAUUGUGAAUGUAUUGCUUCCGUUAGUAUUGGCGCAUAUUGGCCCGCUGACAUCUUUUUCCAAAGAUGCUAAGAGCGCUAUUCAUGUGUUAGAGCUCAUAAACAAGUUGCUACCGGCAGUGACUUCCAUUAAUUUGUACUCCGCUAACAAAUUAGACGUAAUGCAUAAAGACCUAAGUGAUAAAUUGGAUGGGUCAAAACAGUUGGGAAAGUUCAAAUCCUCCAAAACUGAAAUCAGAGACUCCAAAUGCACAACAACGUCCCAUCAUUAUGCGUGGGUUGAAAGCGAUCAUCCAUAUACAGCUGCGACCGUGUCUAAUUACAAAGUUAAAUUCCCAAAAGAAGUCAAAUGGUUGUGUCUUGAGUUUGACCCACGAAGUUGUACUGCACAGACUGAAGAUUCAUUGCAACUUUACAUACCAAAUUAUCGAGAUUAUAGCGAUGAUGAUAACAAACACGUAGUGACUACUCCCUACAUACCGGUUUUGAAAAAAUUUAGUAAUGAUCCAAUGGAGUGGCCGUUUGCAGCUGUUAUGUUGCCUGGUAACGAAGUCAUGUUUUCACUGGAAACUGCGUCAGAUUAUCUUAAGAACGAUAGGAUUUCUCGAUACGGCUUUCGUUGUUUAGUAAUUGGGUAUGAAGUAGAAGAGUUAAGCAAAUAUCAAGCUCUUGGCUAUGGUCUCGUUCAUUUAGAAACCGAACUUUCGUUCCUCGGAGGGAUGUGCGUCUCAACCCUCUUAAAAUGCGAUAUAAUUUUACCUAACGACGAUUCUACGCGCGGCUUGGAACAAGGUUCAGUAUCAGCUGCUGAUCAGGUGUAUGCUAAGCACUCGGGGUUAUUGAAAAAAGGAUUUGCUUUGGCGCCAUUCGUUAACAUUCAGCAAGUCAUGGACGGUGUUUUGCCAUUGAGUGUGGACGGAAACGAAAAUCGAUUCCUCAGAGAGUUCGUGGGCUGUGCGCCGCAUUCGGCCGGUUGUCGGUUGGCCAGGUGGCUCCAACCAGAGUCAGUCAUCGAACCGGAUUCGUGCGAGCUUUCGCUGUCCACUGCCGAGGUGCGGUGCGGAUGGCCGGCCAAAUUCACGGUCCGGACGCGUGACCAGUACGGUAACCCAGUUCAAUCGAUCGGGUUAAAGGUGGAAUUUUUCACUCAAUUGAACUGCAAAUCCAAAGCUAACCCAUACAUAGACAGGUGUUCCGGUACGGUGGAUGACAAGUAUUUUGGUGGACACCCUGUGCCAAAAACUUAUGUUCCAUACGAAACUGUGAUCAAGGAUAAGUUCAGAUAUCAAACCAUUACGUUCAUGAAACAUUACGAGAAUUAUUCAUUUGAAGAACUUCGUCUGGCGUCACCGUCGGCAAAAGGUGACUCGGAAAAGCUGCCGAUGGAGUCCCAAGGCAACGGCACUUACGCUGUGUACUGGACGCCAAUGGCCACCGGAUAUUACGACAUCAGGGUGGAAGUGGACGGAUAUCCAUUGACGAAACAAACGAAACACAUCGACGUGAAGGAAGCGCCUUUCAAUGGCGCCAAGCCCCCAGACCACGGACUGGCGCUAUCGUCUCCGGCCGCAAAAUUGCUGCAGCACGUGGGCAAAUACAGCGCUGGACUUCGGAUCCGUACCCACCCAUCUCUCCAGUCUGAGCAAAUUGGAUUUAUCCCCGUCAAAGGAAUCAUCGGGUACACCGACGAGAUGAGCAACGACGACGGUGAUUGGGUACUGUUAAACUCGGAAUCGGUGGAACGGUAUUGCCAUCGGAGCGCGCCGCACAUCGAAGCGUGGUGCAUGAGGGCCAACAAAUAUUUGAACAGCGAACUGUUCUUGGUGCCAGCGAACGGGAAAACCGGCGGGCCGAAAGCGCCCGCCGCAGCCAAGGGAGACGACAAACGUGCGCCAGUCGCGAUACCGGACACGCCGAAGCCGCCAAACAGGGAAACACCCAAGUCUUCAUCGUUGCUUCCACCUCCACCCCCGCCGCCACCACCACCACCACCACCGCCGCCGCCACAGCCGUCUCCUGACCAUUCGGCAGGGCAGCUAGUUGACUACAAAGUUGUUGUGUGCGGCGCCUCAGGACACAACAUCCGGAAUCAACCAACAUUCAAGGCCACGCCGGUCGGUAUGCUCGUUCAGGGCAACAUCGUCCAGGCCGUGGACAGGGUGACCAAUGGUGAGGGCGUGUGGAUCAGACUUUCCGACCAGUGUGCAGCGGCUCAUUGCGGAGUUUCAUGCGCAACAGCCUGGUCGCUAGCGGCUGACACGUCGCAAGUGAUCUACUUGAAACCGGAAAAGGAUCAAAAAAUGGAGCGACAAGACCUGCAGUGUUUCGUGCAGCGAAUAGACAACGAGGUUAGAGAACCUAAAGUGACCAACAGGAGCAACAACGCCAACACACAGCCACCACGUUUCAACACGAGUUCGUACGUGAUCGAACAGUUGGACAUGAUGGACGAUAAUGAAAUCAAAAUUGAAAAAUUGGAAAAACAGUACUCACCCAAACGGAAAAAGGACGCCAAAGCAAUAGAAGGAUUAAACGCCAAUCCUUUGCCGAUACCAUAUCAUCGACCCGUCGGCCAGGACAGUAGGUUGAGCAACGGGAACAUGGUAAUGAUACCACCGAGUAGUCCACGCAAGACGGCCGUCAACAAGUACACCGUGGAAAAGGCUAAACAACAACCGUACAAAAACAAAGUAGAUGUGACGAGUUCUAGAAGAACGACGUACAAUCAUUCGUUAUCGGCGUCGAGCGAUACCACAGCACCGCCGACCACUAGUUCAUCUUCGGUUGAUACCCAUAUGACCUCUAGCCUUUCCACGUCCGUCGAGAGCUCGGCAGAUCAACCGGAAUGUUUAACUAAAGUAGAAAUUUGCCCUGGUGUUGCACAAGCAGCCACACAAACUACGCCGGAAAAUGAGAGAGUCAGUUUUGUACCUAAUAGUAAAAUAAAACCCAAAUUGAUUCUAAAAAAUCGCUCAAACUCAAAGAAUGCAUUAAAAACUGAUUCAGUUUCUUCACCAGAAUCCAAAGAUCAAACAGAACUAAAGAUACAAGAACCAAAACAAACAGUGAAAAUGGCGUUAAGUCCGUCGAUGGCAGAGAGCCUGCGUGCCGUGUUCGCUGCGUUCCUGUGGCAUGAAGGCAUUGUCCACGACGCCAUGACUUGUGCGUCAUUUUUGAAGUUCUAUCCCAGUCUUCCCAAAAAUGGAGCGGUGGUGACGAAACGAAUGACUGAAAGGAAUAAGGAUCGGGGUCCGCAAAGGCAUUCGGUGGAAGUGACGACCGGUGCCGGCGGUUACCGGCACAUCCGACCCAACGAAGUGAACCGUCCGAAACCUGGAAUGGCUCUACCAGCCGAGGGAGCUAUCACCGAGGAGAGCAUGACCAGUUCCGGUAACUCGGAACUAACAGACAGCCAUCAUGCGCAACCGGAACCAUCGGGGGGUGGUGGUGACUGCCAGACCACCGUAAACUUUUUGCCACCUGCCCUUAACUGCAUGGUCCGGUUAUGGGACCAGAUCUCUGCCGACAUGCUCCAGAUAAUAACAUCGGUUGGCGUGCUCCGCAAGUCUUCUCCUAGGCGAACGGUGGAUGGUAGUGCUGAAAACGGCGACAACGACGGUGAUAGAUCGUCGAUGGAUCCGACCACGCACCCUCCCCUGUCAUUCUGGCAUCUAAGCCCCAACUACCAGACUAAGGAGCCCAUGCCAUGCGAGCUGUGCGGUGACACGUUUGCUGUGCCCGUGUCUUAUCAUAUGCUUACCGCUCACCCGGGAUGCGGUCAGAGCAGCGAAGGUCGUGGUUACACCAGCAAUGGUACCUACAAGAACGGUUGGUCGGGUCCGUGUGGUGAAGGUGGUAUCGCGUGGUAUCUCCUUUGCGAAUCCUGCCGUGCCGGUUACAUGAAGCAUGCCAAGCCGAUACAACCGUCCGCCGCUUCCGGCUCUGGCCCGGCUCCUCGGUCCCGGAAGACUGCCGCGGUUGUUCGACAGGCAGUUAUCACCUAUCCCGCAUCUAACAACGACGACGGUGGUCAUGAUUUCUCUGACUCUGACGACGAAGGUGACGACGAAGACCGUAACGACUGGAACGCCAAACCGCUACAACUGUCCAAACAGCUGCACGGAAUAAGCUGCAACGACGAUCUGGUCGAUAGCCUACACCUAACGUUCAGAGAGAAUGCCAUGUUUUUGUUGGACUUGGCUAGCACCAGCGGUGGGAGGCUGACCGGUGACGAGUCGCUCCCAACAUCAGGCCCGUGGACCGUAGGUGAAUUUAAAUGUCUGGACAGCCUCGAGACUCCUGCAGCCUGUAAAGAGCUACUGCAGUCAGACACCUGCAGCGAUGCACUUCUGCAACAACUUCACGACUGUGAUUCAACGGGAAUCUCUUCAGCGAGCCAAGAUGUGGUGGAUGGAACCGUGACGCGGAGCUUUCACCGGUCUGUGUCGAUGGACAUCGAGAAGUCACCUCUGAGACGCCAAGACAUGAUCAACCGUCGAAAGCGGGUCAACAGUGCCAUCGAUCCUGACAAUGGAUUAUCAUUGGUAUGUAUGCCCUCGGCAGCCCUACAGGCACUCGUUCCUAGCGUCGAUAACACUACGAUGGUAGGGUGCUCAGCCGACGGUAUAAUAUCGAACAACGAAAAUGUGUCCGAAAUAAACGUUUUCAACAGAGCAUCUAUGGCGUUUAUUGUCGAAGCACACAAUUUAGCUGAUCUCAAAUGGGCGAUGAAACAAGCGGUGAGGAAAGCCGCGUGCCGCAGUUAUGCUCUACAAGCGCUCAACUGGUUGCUGCAUGAAGUGUCUCGAGCAUCGUGUCUACACGACCUUUUGUGGUGGUUCGUGAUAGCGCUAUCUGCCGAAGUCCGCACAUUAGACGGGACCAACGACUCCAAUGAACCACGAUGUCGACAUCCUCUGAGCGAUUUAUAUCUAGCUGGUGAAUCCGUGAACCCACUACCACAGGUGUUCUAUCAGUUUCUGCAGACUGUGUCUGACCUUAUGCUGUACUUGCCGCCGGGGUCUGCGCUACAAAUGAUGGCCGUCCGCUGUUGGGAUAUUAAUUUUACUGCAUCCGAUCACAUGUUUUUGCACAGGAGUAAAGUAUUUAGUAAUAUCAGCAAAAUAUUGUCGCACAGUGAAGAUUAUCAAGACGUUUGCGAAGACACUCAACCAGGCAUUUCCUUGAACGAUAACUACGUUGUGUCAUCACUCAAAGAUAUAACGGAAAAUACAGAAAUCACGGCAAGCAGUCGACCGGCAAUGAUUCCGAAUUUAAUUGAUCGAACGACUGAAACGUUUUGGGAAUCGAGCGAAGACGACAAAAACAAAUUCAAAACAAUCACGAUACAAUGCAAUCAUGCAUCUGAAGAUCCCAAAGCACUUUACGUUCAUUUCGAUAAUUGUCGCGAUUUAAAUAACAAAAUAUCUACUGUAGUUUUUUCAUCCGGCCAAACUACCGAGCAAAUGAACAAAAUACAAACAAUCGAUGUUGAUACUCGAUUCAGUGGUUGGCUUGGAGUUUACAUACAUGACCAAACGCAUAAAGUCCUCUGCAUCGAAGCACGGGGAGUGGACACAUCGGUGCGUGUAAGACAAAUCAAAGUUCUCGGAACUGUGUCUGGAGAAUCUCUCGCACACGGUCGGCAAUAUAGCUACUCUACCAUACAACAUCGGCAAUGUGAAAAUGAAACACUAAAAGUGUUCCGAUCAAUUACUUUCCAGGUUUUUGGAAAACUUAUACAAGGAAAAGUGACUUCGAUGGAUUCUAGUGUUGAAGAAAGUAAAGAUCUAAAAGAGCACAUGGUCGGAAUUUUAUUCAGUCAAAGCAAAUUGACCCAUUUGCAAAAACAAGUGUGCACGCACAUAGUAGACGCCAUCCAAAAGGAAGCGAUCCUAAUGCGUGAAGAGUGGGAAAAGUCCGUUUGCAAAAACGACACCACAUCCAACAAUGGAACGGCCACACCGACCGACUCGUAUUGUUUUGAAAUGCUUUCGAUGGUGUCAGCUCUAAGUGGGAGUAACGUCGGUCGAUCUUAUCUAGCAAAUCAAUACGAUCUGCUGUCUAACUUGUUGAGUUUAUUGCACACGGGUAGCGCCAGAGUCCAAAGACAAGUAACGUUAUUGCUUAAACGAGUACUGCCAGAGGUGUCUCCUAGUGCAUUAGCUUCGUUGACUGGAUCUCGACUACCUUCUACAGGGUUUUCUAUCGCCAGCCCGCCGUCAAAAAGCUACCAGGUAGGACUGCUCGAUAGUUUCUUGAGCAUCAUUGCGAAAGCAUUGAUAUUGCAAGUAAAAGUGAAGGGUGCAAAUGGUAGCAAAGUAGUAAAUUCGCUGAAGCUUCAUGACGUCGAUUUGGACGAAGACGAAUCAUUGUGGUAUCUCAAAGGGAUUUCUCACAGAAAAUUGGCCGAUGACAUCAUACAGAUCUUAUGGGAUUUGUCAAACGGAAAGUUGGGUGGUAACAAAAACUGGAUCGACACGACCCGAGCGGCAAUUGCCGAAAACAUACUAAACUUGACGAGGUUGAGCAAAGAACACAGAACAAUGGAAUCUUGCAUUAAAAAUCCCGUAUUGUGGUUGGCUCUAGCUUCGCACUGUGUGUUGCACCCGGAGCACGCGGAGAGGUUAUCGUCCGGCCAGUGGUUUAAACCGGAAGAUUCGAAGCCGAUUCCACCGAGACCGCUGUGUUCGAAUCACGACGACGGUGAGACCGCGGCAUCAAUACAAUGUCUUACGUGCGGAAAUCUUUGCGUCGACUGCGACAGGAUCUUACAUUUGCACAGGAAAACCAAACAUCACCAGAGACAAGUGUGCAAAGAAGAAGAAGAAGCCAUCAGAGUCGACUUGCACGAAGGGUGUGGACGAACCAAACUUUUUUGGCUACUUGCAUUAGCCGACAAGGCCACUUUGCAAGCGUUAGUCGAAUUUCGAGAUACUUCAUCUGGCUCUUCAGACUUAUCGGCACCGAUUGCCCGGGCCAACGUGUUGCAACUCGCCAGAGUCGGUGUCUGCCGGUAUUGUGGCAUGGUCAGCAACGAUGGAUUGCUCGCUAUCGGCAACGUCUGCGCCAACGACGAGUGUCAGUUACACGCGCAGACCGGAUGUCAAAGGAUAUUAAAAUGUGGCCAUUUGUGCGGGGGCAUCAAAGGCGAAACGAACUGCUUACCGUGUUUGCAUGGGUGUGCCUCCGUCGAAAAUCCGUCUCUCAAACAAGAUGCCGAUGACAUGUGUAUGAUUUGCUUCACGGACGCCCUGUCUGCUGCACCAUCCAUACAGCUAAUCUGCGGACACGUGUUUCACUAUCAGUGUUGCAAGAGAGUGCUGAUCAACAAAUGGACAGGACCGCGGAUCACGUUUGGAUUUCAACAGUGUCCUAUCUGCAAGACUCCAAUCGAGCACGCGUGCCUAUCGGAUGUCCUGGACCCAAUCAGAGAGCUGAUGGCCGACGUCAAGCGAAAGGCUCUGAUGCGUUUGGAAUACGAAGGCGAUUGUACGAUGAAAAAAGAUCACGCAGCCGUAUAUGCCAUGGAGAAGUACGCGUAUUACGUGUGUUUCAAGUGUAAAAAAGCCUAUUACGGCGGUGAAGCUCGGUGCGAGCUGGAUGUGGGUGGGACCGAUUACGAUCCUGAAGAACUGGUUUGCGGUGGGUGUAGCGACGUGGCCCGAGCUCAGAUGUGCCCCAAACACGGAACCGACUUGCUCGAGUACAAGUGCCGUUAUUGCUGUUCGGUAGCCGUGUUCUUCUGCUUCGGAACGACGCACUUUUGCAACGCUUGCCACGAUGACUUUCAGCGUGUCACCAACCUGUUGCCCCACGAACUACCACCGUGCCCCGCAGGCCCGAGAGCGACCUCUUUGAACGUAGACGAAUGCCCACUGCACGUCAAACAUCCUCCAACGGGUGAAGAGUUCGCGUUGGGGUGUGGUGUGUGCCGAAACGCUCAUACUUUUUAAGAACAACUAUAACGACUCAAUAUCAUAAUUUUAUUAUAUUGUAAUAUGUAUAACACUGCACCAGAAUUCUGCCCGGUCCACGAUUGUUGCUCAUCCAUGUCUAUAAGAUACCCUUAACUUUUUCAACCUUCGAGACAGUACUCACGUACUCGCGAAAAGUACUGCGAUUGUUACUUUUUCGAGUUACACUAAAAAAAAACCAGUUCUGCAGCAAUCGAUUCUUCACAACAACAAAUCAAAUGGUAUAUGUUUAAAUCUACAUGCAAAUUAAAUCGGUUGACAUAGAAUCAUUAUUUGAGAUACACCGGAACUCUCAAAUAUUUUUCUGGAACCGGUAUCAUCUGGUCCUCCUAUAUUGUAACAUUAUACGGAUCGAGCAGAGUUCUCGUCAAUACUCAUCGUCAGUCAGAAUGCGUAUUCAUAGACAGAUUGUUAAUUUUUAUAAUUUAUUUACGUUGUCAGCUUUUGCAAUAUUUCGAUACACGCGUCAUUUUGUGAUUAACAUGACUAUAUUACUUAUCUACAUUUCAUUGUAAUCCACAAUGUCUGUACUACGCGAAUCUUCACAUAGUUUAAUUUAUUAUUAUUAUUAUUAUUAUUAUUAUUAUUAUUAUUAUUAUUAUUAUAAAUGUUCGUUUGUUGUAGGUAGCUUAAAAAAAUUAUGUUUAAGUGUAGUGUGCCAAUGUCGAUAAGAUAUUAUUGUCCCCAUUUAUAAAUAAGUAUUUAUUUUGAUCGUAUAGAACGACAUGACAUUAUUAAAUUAUAUGUACCUACCACAUGCGCAUCGUAGUCGCGUCGUGGUCGUUUAUUUGCUCCACCAACCCACCCGUCCACCACCACAACCGAAAUGUUUGAAUCUCAGAGUUGUCUUUAGUACAAUUUUUGUCUGUUAUGUUAUGUUUGUGAAUCGAAAUUUAUUGUAAUAAUACUUCGCAUAAGUUUCGGUACGAUUAGAUAAUAAUAUUGUGAAAUAUAGCGUACUGCAGUAGGUAGUUUAAUAUUUUAUUUUACUUGGAGGGUACAAGUAAUACAUACAGCUGGUGCCUAGGUAUAUUGGAAAGGUGGUGUAUACCUGACCGAACUCAAUAUCUUUUCUUGAAUCUGCCCGUGUAUAAUCUACAUAUUAUUAUUAUUAAUUCGUCGACUGCGCCUAUAGUAUUUUGGUCUACUAUGAAUCAAAAAGUUCCACAUCCAUUGCGCAACAAAAAUAUAAUACGACGUGAUACAUUUUGAAUACAUGAUUUUCGGAACAUACAUUAUUUUUAUAUAAUGCCAAAGUUUAUGUGACAUAUAGUAAAAUAAAAUAAACUAUUAUUUCCAUGCAAAUAUAAAUAAAUUGUAGUUUACGUUAGUAAGAAUGAAUAUAUAUUUAUAUAUAUACAGGUUGUAUCUUUAUGUUGUUGAACACUAGGUUUUUAACGAUUAUGUUUCGAUAAUAUGAAAUUUAAAAUAGACAAAAAGAUGCCAUGUUUCUUUAUUUGUAAUUGGACAUUUUUUUUAUCUUAAUACUAAUAUUUUUAACCAUAAAGUUACACGAACAACAAACUCAACUUUAUUUUGUCAAAUAAUAUCAACUAUAUUUUUUGAGCUUUUUUUCUAAAAUUAUUGAUAGUCAAAUUAUCAAUUUUAGUUGGUUAGCUUAUGAGUAAUUACGGUCCUCUAAAGUUUGGUAAAUUCAUUAAUACUUUAAUACUUAUAACUGAAAUAAUUGGUUACUCUCUGAAAGAAAAAUAUUUAUUCAACUUUGGGAUAAACUACCAAAAAAUAGUUUACAAAUAUAUAAAGUUUAUUAUUUUUAUUUUAAUCAUAAAAUAAGUACUAUUAUCACCCAUUAUAGUCAUAAUUAGUUAAUAACUUGACAUUUUAUUCUUCACAGUUAUUAUACUAACAAUAGGUUAAAUUUGAAUAUUUAAUAGGUGGCAUGAGUUAGGUUUUUAGAAAUUCCAUAUUACCGAUCAAUUAUCAUUAAAAAAACCUCGAGUACAAUCACAUAAGAUACACCCUGUUUACAAAUUAAAAAUAAUAUGAGCACUUGCAUGGGACAAAGAAGUUAAUAGGUUAUUCGCUUAACAGAACAAAAACACUAUGGCCAUUUAUUUCAAAAAAAUAUAUGGAGUCAAUGACCAAACAUUGUUCUACUCGCUGAUAAAUAAUUCAAUAUUAUAAAUAAUAUAAUUAUUAACUAGUGAUUCGAAAACGUACAAGGCAUAAAACCCAUUUCAAUAAAUUCUUGAUGUUUUAUGAGUCGUAUAAAUUAACUUGGUCACAAGAUUAGAUUCUAUACUAUUGAUAAAUCUAAAAUAUAGGAUCCGAAUUAACACAUACCUACUGUAAGUUUCACCUAAUGUCACCACAUAUACUAACCUAUUUUAUUACUUUGCCGAAUAUGAUCAUACAUACAUUUAUAUUAUGUUUAGUUAAAGUUUUUUUUAAAUUAAAUUAAAUUAAUUUCUAUUAUGUUUUGAAUUCGAUCGGCGUAAUUGAUAUUAUAUAACAUUUUUAGUAUCGUAUUUAAUAUUAUAUUUUGUUUUUUAUUACCUUCAAUGAUUUGUGCAAUCGAUUCGCGCCUUCGAUAUAAACUAUAAUAUUAUUAUGAUCGAUGUUUUUAUUAUUUUUUUCUUAUAAGCGAAGAAGUCCAACGUUCACUUAGUUCUUCGAGUUUUUUUCUUAUAUAUUAUUGUUGCGCACCUUAUCUCAAACGGUAUAGAAUAUAAUAAAUUACAUAGCCAUAUCGGUGUGCAAUAUUUUGUUUUUUCACCACUCGUCCAAUGUUUGGCACAAUGUGCUCCCGAAAACAAAAAAAAAAAUGAUUACAUACGCUCAUCACGACGCUGCAACAGUACAUCGUAUACGUGCAGGACGUGAUUUUUCGCUAUAUUAAAAUAUUAUUGAGUUUAAUACUUAUCAAAGUGCAUAAAAUCGAUUUUUAUGAAAUUGAAAGUAUAUAUGCGAUUAAUUUUAAUGAUCAUUAAAUUGUUUUAAUCUUUGUCGCUGCCCCACGUCAUCCCCCGCCUACAUGCGUUUAAAACCCCGUUUUUAAUAAAAAUGUGUCGAAUAGAAUUUUUUUCGCGUGUUUUAAUUUAUGAAUUUAUUUUCAUCAACUGUAUUCGUUUAGAACAAAAUGUUAAUCCAAUAGCUUAGCAUACUAUUAUAAUAUUUAUUACGUUUGGUUUUUCGUUUGUGUUUUAAAUUUUUUGUAAUUUUUUUCCCCUCAAUGGGAUACUUAUUAUUAAUAGUUAUAUAUUUACUAUUUACCAAAAUCUAAAUGUGCAAUAUAUAUGUGUUCGAUGUUUUAAAUAAAAUGCAACUAUGAUCUACAUAAA